UCGACGUCGACCACCGCACGCCCCGACACCCCCCUUCGCGACAACCCAGCUCGACUUCGCUUCCUCGUCGGACUGAACAUAUCGCAAAAAUGGCCACCGAGUUGACCGUCCAGUCGGAACGUGCGUUCCAGAAGCAGCCUCACAUCUUCGUCAACCCCAAGACCAUUGCGAAGAGCAAGAAGGUCGCCUCUGGCCGCAGAUGGUACAAGGAUGUCGGUCUGGGUUUCCGUACCCCCAAGACCGCCAUUGAGGGCACCUACAUCGACAAGAAGUGCCCCUUCACCGGUCUGGUCUCCAUCCGUGGUCGUAUCCUGACCGGCCGUGUCGUCUCCACCAAGAUGCACCGCACCAUUGUCAUCCGCCGUGAAUACCUCCACUACGUCCCCAAGUACAACCGUUACGAGAAGAGACACAAGAACCUCGCUGCUCACGUCUCUCCCGCUUUCCGUGUUGAGGAGGGUGACUGGGUCACCGUCGGCCAGUGCCGUCCCCUCAGCAAGACUGUCCGCUUCAACGUCCUCCGUGUCCUUCCCCGCACUGGUAAGGCCGUCAAGGCUUUCAGCAAGUUCUAAGCGUGUCGAUGAGGAAGUGUUUUCGAGAGGAAAAUAACCUAGGGCUGCGGCGUGACUGGAUAUACAUGGAUUAGUUAAACGGGUUGGGAUUGUUUCACGAUUUCAUGUCCCAGGGACCCUUGAGAAAGAAUAUCCAAUGAAAAAAUUCUUUUGAUUCUCUAUAAUAGCAGUCCGCCGUGCACUAUACUUGGCCACGAC